CGGAGGUUGAAGUCGGUCAUCCGGAUACGAGACCAGAAUCCUGCGGAUGACGGCGACGAGCUGCGUGUGCGGGACGGCGCUCACGGAGCGCGAUGCGACCUUCGCCGUGAGCCAUGAGAACCGCGUGCGCGUCUACGCGUCCAGCGAGCUCUACCUCCUGCACGAGUUCUCAUCGAUCCACGGGCGCAUUCUCCGCCUCUUCCAUACGACCUUUUGCGACGCGCUCGUGACGCUCGAGACGGACGUCGGCGACAGCAGCGACUGCUACCUCUGCGUCUACCACGACUGGCGCGCGCCGUCGCUCGAUGCGCGCAAACUCGUGCGCGCCUACACGCUGCCGCUCGCGAUCGACGACCCACGCGCCGUGUGCCUCAGCGUCUGCGCCUUCACGGGCCGCGUCGCGCUCACGACGCCGUCGAGCCCCGGCCUCAACCUCUGGCAGACCAGCGACGGCUUCUUCGAGCACGUCAUGGAGCUCAGCAUCGACAUGGCGAUCUCGCACGUGGCCGUACACGGCGCAUACGUGGCCGUGGCGUCGCCGACCGAGGUCCGCGUCCUCGAAGUGCAGGUCGUCACAGACCCCUCCGCGACACCUAGCACCGCGCCGACGUCCAAGAUGGUUUACCAAAAGAAGGAACUCAUCUACAACACACUCGAGAAGGACCACUUGCCUACGAUCCGCAUCCCGAGCCUGAGCGGCCGGUCGCCGGCGCCGCUGCCGUCGCCGACGCCGCGCCACCGCGUCCGGGUCAUGGCCAAAGACGAUGCGACGCUCGAAGCGUACAACCUUGCGGGCCUCGUCCGCGACGAAGACGUGCGCGUGAACGCGGCCAUGGAGUACGUGCAGUGCCACGCCAAAGUGCUCUUGCAGCGGUUCGUACCGCCCAACCACGCGAUCGACGCGCUGCGCUUCUUGCCCGAGACGAUCGCCAACGGCCGGCUCGCGCAGAGCCAGAGCUACGCACGCCUCCUCGUGGGCACCUCGGCCGAGGCCUUCCUCUACUACCUGCUCGCAGACCAGGUCGACACGACGCGCGAUCAAAUGUCGAAAAAGAUUCUGCAGCGCGCCGAAGACCCGCUGCGGGGCAUCGUCGAGCCGAUCGCGAUCACAGCCAAUGGCCAGUCGUCGUCGUUCACGUCCCGUCGGCGGCCCACCGAGUCGGGCCGCGUCGUCAUGUGCUACCGCUUCACCGCGCCGGUCGCGUGCAUCACCGCCAACAGCUCGUUUCUCUUUGCCGCGACGCUCGGCGGCCUCGAAGUGUGGUCGCUCUGGAGUCCGUGCCAGCACCCGUCGUCGCCGCAGCUGCUCGGAGUCCGCCCGCUGCCGUCACCGGCACACGCCAUCGUGGCCCUCGACGCGCAUGUCGUCGUCCUCACGUGCCCGCCGGGGACGCUCCACACGCGGUAUCUCUCGCGCGCGUCGGCCGCACCGAUGCACUCGGUGCCGUUGGAGCUGCGGUCGCAUGCCCGUCGCCACGACGCCAUCGGCGACGGCCAAGUGUUCGUCUACCCCCAGAGUCCGCCCGCCACCAUCUUUGCCUCGGCCAAGGCGGCGACGCUCGGCGACCACGUGUCGGCCGACCAAGUCGAUUUGCUCCUGAGUCUCUUCUCUCUCUACCGGUUCCGAGCCGACGUCAGCCUCGGUGUGCUCACGGGCAGCUCGAAUUCGCUUUCGCCCAAGGAAGCGGCGGCCGUGCGCCUCGAAGCCAAGCUCUACGACGGCCUCGCGCGCGCCUGCGCGGCCCACAUCGCGCACUUGUACACGGCGCCGCUGCACCGCAACUUGACGCGGGCGGCGCUCUUGUACGUCGCCUCGAACGUCUCGUCCCGGGACGUGCUGCUGCGCUUCCGCAGCAUCGACGACGCCGACGCCGACGUGAUUGACGCGACGGCGCUCUACCUCGAGGCCUUCCUCUUCCCGAAGAAGGACCCGGCGCUCUACCUCGGGCUCACGACACCGGUGCUCUCGGAGACCGAGUCGGCCGACCCGACGUUCACGAGCGUCGUGCUGCGGCACUACGGCGACGGCGCGCCCGAGCAGCUCGCGCGCCUCGUCAUCGACUCGUCGCUGGUCUGGAGCUUGAUGGACUUGGACUUUUGCCUCCACGUGCUCCGGGGCGCGCGCCACAAAACCGUGCUCCUCCGCGUCGCGAUGCUCGUGGCCAUCGUGCGCGCGAACCGGGGCGCCCGGGAAGAGGUCGCUGCGUUCGUCGACGCCAAAGCCGCGUACCUCCCCGGCGCCAACGCGUACAGCUACGAGACGCUGGCCGACCAAGUGGGCUGGCUCGCCGAGAACUACCCGGACCCGCUCGUGCACCUCUGCGUGACGCACCCCGAGUUCCUCGUCCAGAAACACCCGACGUCGCUCGACGAGGCCGCGAUCGCGCCGGGCUACUACCGGUCGUGGCUCGCCGACGCCCUCAGAGAGCGCGCGCCGCUCAAGCUUCUCUCGGCGCUCGAGCUUAUUGUGCACAGCGCACUGGGCCACGGCAAUGCAUUUCCGACCGUCGCUACCUUUGCGCUCGGCGUUCUCGGCGAACCUGGCGUGCGCGCGUCCCAACGCAUCGUGCAUGGACGCGCGCACAUGGUCGCUGCCUUUGCAUCCGACGAAGAACUCGUGCUCGCGACGCUGCACUUCAUGCUCGUGCACUUGCGCGCGCACGACGGGCCGCUCGCGCCGGUGGCGAAAGAGCUGCUUGUGUGCAUUGCGCGUCUGAGUGCGAGCGGCGACGGCGCGCAGGCCGCCGUCGCCAAGACGCUCUCGACCCGCGCGUCGCUGCUGCCGCAGAAGCUCGCGCAGCCGCUGCCGGCGUUCGUCGCGCCCUUCUUGGCGGUGGCGAUGUCGCCGGACGCGUUGCCGCACGUGCAGCAGACGCUCCAGACCCUCUACCUCCUCGCCUGCCACCUCGUGCGCGACGCAGUGGUCGAGCCGAACGACGUCCUCUCCGACGUCGAGACGACGGUCCAGAGCCCGAUGGCGGUCUUGCUGCAGCUGCUGCUACUCCCACUGGUCGGCCGGCUCGGCGACGGGCUCGCCCUCCUGGCCGCGACCACGGCGUAUCAAAGCUUGCUCGUGCCAUACGCAGUCGCAUACUGCACGACGCUGGCCGAAUGGGCGAUGCUCCUCGACCUGCUCUUCCCCCCCGAGAUGGCGAGCGUGCUGGACGAGGCGCUGUCGCAUCUGAGUGUGACGCUGACGCCCGACGAUCUCUUGAUGCUGCUGCCCGACACCCUCCCCGCCGACGUUGUGCUGGCCGCCCUCGAGACGAGUGUCCGCAGAGCCGCCCACGCGGCUUGAGUCAGACAGCACGGCUACAUACAUUUGUGCACUUAAAGUAAACUCAUGCGCUGUGGUCCGAGU